AUGGUCGCACUCGACGAUAUGACUUCUGGCAUUCCCGCCCUUGUCGUUCCAGCCAACAACGAUGACAUCUCCGAGGAGGCAACUGGUAGCGUCAACGCCGUUUACUUUGUUAACUGCUACACUGGAGAUUCCUAUGCCGAUCUUGAGAAGCACUACACUGGCGACUCCUGGGAAGAGCCCGGAAACAAUGCCUACGGAUGUGUGAAGCAGCUCUUCCUCCUCAAGAAGGCCAACCGAAAGCUCAAAGUCAUGCUUUCUAUCGGCGGCUGGACCUGGUCAACCAACUUCCCUGCUGCCUCUGCCUCAGCUGCUACCCGGUCCACCUUCGCCAAGAGUUCCGUUACUCUCAUGAAGGAUUGGGGCUUCGAUGGUAUCGACAUCGACUGGGAAUAUCCCGCCAAUGCUACCGACGCUAGUAACAUGAUUCUUCUGCUCCAGGCCGUGCGCAGCGAGCUUGAUUCAUACUCUAAGCAAUAUGCCAAUGGAUAUCACUUCCAGCUUUCGAUCGCUGCCCCCGCAGGUCCUGAUAACUACAAUAAGCUCAAGAUGAAGGACCUCGGAUCGGUUCUCGACCAUGUUAAUCUCAUGGCUUAUGACUACGCCGGCUCUUGGAGCGCCUUCUCCGGCCACCAAGCUAACAAAUACGCCAACACCAAGAUCCCAAACGCUACCCCUUUCAACACCGACCAGGCCGUCAAGGCUUACGUCAAUGGUGGCGUCCCGUCCGCCAAGAUGGUUCUUGGUAUGCCCAUCUACGGUCGCGCAUUUGAGAACACUGCUGGCCUCGGACAGCCAUAUUCUGGCGUCGGAUCUGGAAGCUGGGAGAACGGUAUCUGGGACUACAAGGCUCUGCCUAAGGCCGGAGCUAGCCUUGUCUAUGAUCGUGAUGCUCAGGCCUCUUACAGCUAUGACUCCAACACGAAGGAGCUUAUCUCUUUCGACACCCCUGGUAUGGUCGAGAACAAGGUCCUUUACAUCAAAAACCUUAGCCUUGGUGGUAGCAUGUUCUGGGAGGCGUCUGCUGACAAGACUGGUGCUGACUCGUUGAUCGGCACCAGCUCCAAGAAGCUUGGAACUCUGGAUAGCACUAACAACUGUUUGAGCUACCCCAACUCGCAGUACGCCAACAUUGCCAAGGGGCUCUCUUGA